AUGGCGAACCUUCAAACAUAUCUCCAAGAGCUUGAGAGAGACUUUACGGUUGAUACUGCAAAGCUCAAGCAUAUCACCAACCACUUCAUUGAUGAGUUGGAUAAAGGGCUGAGUGUAAAGGGCGGCAGCAUCCCAAUGAACCCAACUUGGGUGAUGCAACAACCAACCGGCAACGAAACAGGAAAAUAUCUCGUGCUAGAUCUCGGCGGCACAAACCUCAGAGUUUUCUCUGUCGAACUGUCCGAAGAAAAGUCAGGCUACAAAGUCAACCAAGUCACGCACAAACUUCCCAAAGAACUGAGAACUGGUCCUGCUGAACGGCUUUGGGAUUUUGUCGCUGGACAUCUCGAGGAAUUCCUCAAGACAGCUGAUUUUGAAGCUGGAACAAACACCGACUUGAGCUUCAUCUUUUCCUUUCCUACAACGCAGCGUACCAUUGAUGAGGGCAUUCUUCAGCGGUGGACGAAGGGCUUCGAUGUUGCUGACUGUGAAGGUCGCGAUGUAGCGGCGUCGUUGAGACAAGCCAUCGCAAAGAGGAAACUCCCUCUCAAGGUCCGAGUCGUGACAAACGACACAACCGCUACGAUGAUGGCCUCAGCAUACAUCAACCCCGAAACCGCUAUCGGCUGCGUUUUCGGCACAGGCUGUAACGGCGCGUACUUCGAAAGAUGCCAAUCCAUCCCCAAGCUCGACAUGGAAGGACUUCCCGCCGAAGCACUCAUGGCGAUUAAUUGCGAAUGGGGCGCCUUUGAUAAUGAGCAUGUUGUGCUGCCGUUGACGUCUUUUGAUAUCGUUAUUGAUGAUGCGUCACCAAGGAAGGGCCAGCAGGCGUUUGAGAAGAUGGUUGCGGGGUUGUAUCUGGGGGAGUUGUUCCGAUUGAUCAUGCUUGAUGUUAAGAGGAGGCAUGAGACAUUUUGGGAGGGCCAGAGCGUGGAGAAGAUGCAGGAGCCGUAUUUUAUGGAUUCGUCGUUCUUGUCGGCGAUCGAAGAGGAUAUGUCGAAAGACUUCAAGACAUCGCAUGAUCUGUCUGUCUCAAAGCUAGGAGUAUCUCCAAACGUACAGGAGCUCGAGUUCAUGAGAAAGGUUGCAACACUCAUAACAACCCGCGCAGCGCGUCUCUCAUCAACCGGUGUAGCAGCGAUAUGCAUGAAGAGAAAUCUCAAGACAUGUCAUGUUGGCGUUGAGGGAUCUCUGUUUGAGAAGCAUCCCCAUUUCAAGAGAGAGUUGUCCAAAGCUCUGGGUGAGAUUCUUGGUUGGGAGAAACUGUCGCCUACUGGCAAGGAUGACGUUGAGUUCAUGGUGUCGCCUGGAAGUGGUGUUGGUGCAGCUGUUAUUGCAUCCACUCUCACUAGAAGUAAGCAUGAAGUUUGAGAUGCGUUGAAAAUUGGAGAUUUAUACAAAAAUGAGUCUAUAAUCACUCUAUAUAUUUAAGAAGCGAGUCUGAACAGAUAAACAAGCAGCUAAUUUGUUUCCCCUG